ACACUGCACGAAAAUACUACGGGUCGACCAUAUCUCCGUGCAUAUGCGGUUAUCUCGUGUAAUGGAGUAAAUCGAAUCAGAUGGCGGUAUGCAUACUUACACGUUAGCUGAUUUCACCUGGCUGUCAUGACUGUGACGUCACAAGCGGAAACGUACGGAAAGUGCCUGACAGUGACUUUCUCGAUUGUAAAUGGACUGGGCGCCUGCCUAUAUUUCACAUGUGUACAAUAUAUCACCAGAUGAACUUGCCGCGUCAGCUGAAAUGUUUCACAAUACAGUCGUAUUGGCAAUAUGUCACCUGAAUGGUGAUAUUAGUGAUAACACCAAGGUGAUAACAACGAGAAGCGUAUAGUUUUGAGACAACCAUGGGAUCACCUCAAGAUAUGGCUGUUGCUGAUACUGUCGGGAGUAGUAUAUUGCAGAACCGUUCCAGAACACGCGGCAGAAGAUCCAUUUGUCAUCUCAGUGGUAACAAACGGCACCUACAGCAUCCGCGUCAAGAAUGUCACGUGGCUUGCCAGCGCCCCCACCUUCGUCCACGUUGGCGGGAAAACGUAUACCACGGAAGAUAACUCUUUGAAGUUAAAUAUCACCACAGGCACGAGUGGAUUUGAUCGACUUGGACAGUGGCAGACAAUAUGUUUUGACAUGAUGGCGGGCGCUAGCAGCGUUAUAGGCUGCAUUAAAACCUACAUUUCUCCUGAUCUUCCAAUUGUCAUUUUCCAACAGAUGUUCCCAGGUGGCGCCGCCGACACAUCGACUGGUGACCCCGACAAGGUCGUGUCUGGAUUCCCAUCGUUCCAGAUCCCAGAGUCCGAGCCCCGGCUGGGGUACCUGUCAUACGGCGGUCUCAUGUUUGGGGAUGACAAGAAGUUAGGAGUAUUUACGGCAGAUAAGGCGAAGUUGCAGAGCGGUCUUGUUAGUGGUCCUCUGGUUCUCUUUGACAAAGAUAACAACGUCGUCAUCACAGCUCCGUUCAGCCAGUUUAUGGCAGCCUCCAUGUUUCAAGAUGUCGACCGGAAGCGCGUCAGUUGGGGCAUAUUUGGCGGCGCUGAACUGCUUCCGACUGGCUACACGUAUGAGACAAUCAUGUAUUACAGUAGUAAUGGAAUUAACGCGGCCAUGUCUGACUGGGGUUCGCUUAUGAGGAGGUAUUACGGUAAAGACAACGCGUACAGACAGAGCGAUCUUACCCUCAACUAUGUUGGAUAUUGGACUGAUGGAGGGGCUUAUUACUAUUACAACACUGAACCCGGGAAGAACUAUGAAGAGACCAUUCUUGACGUCAGAGCCUACGUCAACCGGACUGGUAUUCCUUACAGAUACGUCCAGUUCGAUUCCUACUUCUACCCUAAAGGACCACAAGAUGGCACUUUGACAUGGGUUCCCAUGGCCGAACUCUUUCCAAGUGGAUUUCAGUCCCUCUACGACAAGACAGGCUGGCCUGUUGGAGCGCAUAAUCGAUACUGGUCAUCAAAGACAACCUAUGCGAGACAGAACGGUGGCCAGUUUGAUUUUAUUGUUGAAGAGGCAACGUCUAAAGCCAUUCCUAUUGACCAGGCUUUUUGGGACUAUUUAUUUGAGACGUCGCGAGAAUGGGGACUGACUCUUUACGAACAGGACUGGCUGAACGUGGAGUUCAAUGAGAUGAACAUCACCCUGUCUGACGUCAGUCUUGGACGGACGUGGCUCAUGCAGAUGGGAAGGGGGGCCCGGAAUCAUGACAUCACCAUCCAGUACUGCAUGUCCAACCCCAGACACGCCAUGCAGAGUCUGGAGAUACCGGUCGUCACACAGGCCAGAGUCAGCGGCGACUACCGGGCAGGGGCAGAUAACUGGAAAAUUGGAAUAUCGUCAAUUUUCGCAGACGCCAUGGGUAUAGCUCCAUUCAAGGACACCUUCUGGUCGACGGAGCAUCAGCCUGGGAACCCAAAAUAUCCGGAUCUAACGGAACCCCACAGCGAACUGCAGGUGAUCGUCUCCACCCUCAGCACUGGGCCUGUCGCCCCAGGAGACAUCGUCAACGGCACAAACGUCACCCUCCUCAUGACAUGCUGCAACAUGAACGGUUUGAUUCUGCAGCCAUCAAAACCAGCCAUGGCCAUUGACAGUCAAAUGUGGCAGCAAGCCUUCCAAGAUGGUUCUGGUCCGAAUGGAGAAAUCUAUACCACGUAUUCCAGAAUCGGAGACUUUGUCUUCGAAUUAUCAUGGCCUCUGCCAUGGAAGCAGACUUUGCGUUAACACCGAGUGCGGCCGGAUUCGACUUCUUUAACGCGUCACUGGUAUUUCCCCGCUCAGUUGAUAAGAAGACGUCCGUUACGGCCUUUACUCCAUCGUCACCGCUCUCCAUCAGCAAGAGCUGUAGCCGCAGCGGUCCCUGCCUCUAUUACACAAGCCCUGUGUUUUAUCAGGGCUCCAAGAAAGUCGUGAUAUACGGCGAGGAGAGCAAGGUAGUACCCGUGUCCCCAAAACGGGUUGUCCAGAUAGAUGUGUCGGAUGACAUCGUUGUUACAGUCAGAGGGCACAGCGAGAACAAGUGGUCUUUGUCUUCCUGGAAAACCAAACCUACAUCCGGGUCAUCUGUAUCAUUGGUAGUUCCGGUUCCGCCGAUAUCAGUUUCAACAAUCAACAGUGUUCCACAAACUGAUAUAUCUGAACAUGUCACUCUGCAUUUCACUUUACAGGUGUUUGUAUGGUACGGUUGACUAAAUACUAACGUUAUUUUUCUAUUUUAUCUGGUGCAACAAUAAAAUGGACAGCAGAAUUAUGAAUGCGA